AUGUGGGGACAGUAUUGUCAAGUAUGUUGCCCCUUACAGACAAGUAACGGAUCAGAGAAGUCCAGUGGUACGAGCACAAGCGGCAGCGGAAGCGGGGACAGCUCGCCGCCGCGCACACCCCCCGCACCACCGCCGCCCCGACCCAAGCCUAAAGCCAGGCCUAAGGCUACUAAUGCCACGCAGCAGGGAAGUCCAAAAUGUGGGAGUGGCACCGCUGCGAGCGGCACGCCAAGCAAUGCGACAAGCGUGGGCGGGAGCGGGAUUCGGUCGAGCGACAUCAAACCAGUCGAAUGCAAUCUUUGUCACCGAAAAUUCAAAAAUAUUCCCGCUCUCAACGGACAUAUGCGACUGCACGGUGGAUAUUUUAAAAAGGAUUCGGACAAUAAGAAGUUAGAUAAAAAGGAAUCAACCGGACCCCCACUACAAACAGCGUCUGUUUCUGUAAGAGCGCUGAUAGAAGAAAAAAUCAUUAGUCGUCGGGGAGCUACAACGACUACACAGCCAAUAGGUGUUACAGUAGAUACGUCAUCUCGUUCAGGAUUUGCCACACCAGCACCACCACCCCUAUCAAAUAUACGUUCAUCAUCAACGUCUCCAGCCUCACCUGUUACAACAUCGGUACAUUUUGUAUCGCCAAAAGCCCCGCCAGCUGUCACUUUUGCUAACAAUGCUACUUCUAAUCCUUCAGUUCAUAGAGAUUCAACUCUUAUUGAACUUUUAAAGAAAGGAAACAGUAAGGUUGUAAAGCGCUCUGCAUCAGAUCCAGGACAGUCAUCGCCACAACAGGAUUUCACUUUUCGACCUGAAUUAUUUGGAGUGUCAUUUAAUUCAGAUGACGGAUACUUUUCACCCGCCCUUAACGAAGAUACCUUCCAAUUCGCUACGACCGCUGAUCAGCUAGAGGAACUAGCGUCGCUAGAAGAUUAUGCAACCGUAGCGGCAUCAAUUCAUGAGCGAUCACCAGUCACGUUCCCGUCCAAUCGCCGUUUGGCUGCCGUACUAAAUUCACCAUUACCAGAAUCAUUAGCCGAUUUCGGAGCUUGUCACGGUGGGCCUGCUAUAACAUCGCCUGGUAUUCCAGGAUAUACAGAAAAUUCUCCGAGCCUUUCUUAUGGUGAUUCGCCUGGUUUAGCUUACACUGCUGCAUCUCCAAGUGGAGGUUACUCAACGCAUCCGACACCGUCCCCUAGUUUAGCUUAUCCCACACCUCCUGCAUCGCAAGAUGCUCAAUCACCGGCACAUUCUGUCCCAAGAGCUUCAUCACCACUUACAGCUGCAUUUUUUACUGCAACAAUGUCUAGUCAAGAAGAGGUUGAAGAAGCUCUCGAAGAAGUUUUGCCGGAGGAGUGUCGAUCAUUAGAUGCCUAUACAUUACAACCUUCACCGACAGCUCGGCGCAUGAUGCUUAAUUCUGAAGAUCCUCUCCUAUCGAGUAGCCCACGAGAUUUUCCUCAUCAAAGAUCAACACGACGUCAUAAUCGUUCAAUGACACCGGUUUCUACAUCACUUCAGCAAUGGCAAUCUGACCAUAACUCUCUUCAAGUAUGCGUGGAAGGUCGAGAUCCAGUACCAGCGGUCUUCCUGAGUCCAAAUAGUAUACCAGCGUCACCACAACGGCGAAAAAGAAAAGCGUCACCAGCUGGCCCUUACCGUUCUCGCAUGCGGCGAGUGACCAGCCACUACACACCGCAGCCAAUGCUGCAACCAGAUAGAGAUGGUCCUGGCCUUUAUGUAGAUUUGCUGAACGGUUUGUCUAACUCAGAAGUAGACGUGUUAGCUCAGUUCGAAGAUAAUCAGAAACCACAAAUAAAUAUUGGGCCGGAACAUCAAGCUGAUAUACCAGAGUUGUGCAACGAUCGCAUCGACCUCCAUCGCGUACCUGAACAGCUACUUUGGGAUCCUGGUAUCAACGAUGCACUAGAUGAUAACGAAGUGCGCAUGUUCAUGGAGCUGGCGAUGUGCGCGGCGAUGCCGGUGGGCGGGCACAGCCGCGAGAGCGCGCUGCAGACGCUGGGCGAGUGCGGCGGCGACGUGCGCGCGGCCACGCUGCGGCUCAUGGCGCGCCCGUCGCCCGCGCCGCGCGACCCGCGCUGGGCGCCGCACGAGCUCGAGGCCUUCCUCGCCGGCCUCGCGCACUUCGACAAGGACUUCUAUAGGAUCGCCGACUUGAUAAGAACGAAAGACUCGAAACAAUGCGUGCAAUUCUACUACUUCUGGAAGAAAGUAACGAAAGACUACAAAACGUUGUACUUGCGGAGCUGGAGUGACUCGCAACCGACACAAGGUUCGUUAGGCCAGCCGCUGGCGCCAGCGCUCGCCACGUCACCUUCCUUCGAGGGAGAGGAGUUUCCUUGCAAGAUCUGUGGAAAAGUAUUUAACAAAGUAAAAAGUCGUAGCGCACACAUGAAGUCGCACCGGCCACUCGACGCCGAGCCGAAAAGGCCUAAACUCGAAAAGCCUUAUGAAAAGGUCGAGAGAUCUGACGACAGAUCCCAAGCGACUACUGAAUACCAAAAUAAAACGCCUACACAAUAAUUUGUUGCUCACUCAUUCCGCCCACGCGUCAUUUUUGCCUCAGCGCUACUAAUCACAAUUAUUCAAAUAUGUAUUAGUUGGGCUUAUGUGUUACGUGUUACUUGUUACUCGUUAUGUUGCGUGUCGCGAGUCACGCGUCACGUGUCACGAGUCACGUGUCACGUGUCACUUGCACUCUCGCGUGCACUCGAACCACACCUGCACAUUAACAAUGACGAACCGCUCGGCCUCCGAAAAUGCCUAAGCAUUUAUUAUGAUAAUGACAAAAUAGAUAUAUACUGACAUUUAGAAGUGACAUAGUUCUUAGUAGCUAGACGUAAGGGGUAUCGACGCCCAAACUAAAAUUAUCGAUCGUCUCAAAAUUCUUAUAACGCUAAGCCUAAAGAGCGGUAAAUAUUUUGUAUACACGUGUAGAUAUAGGUACUUGGUAAAGUAGGAUCUUGGUAAAGUUUUUAUAUGACAGACUUCUCAACGUGACUGCAAGUGUGAUGUUGUAAAUAUUUAGUAGUUGUUAAACAGUACAGCAGAUCCGGGCGAGCUAUAGCCUAAAGGUGAAUGUAUAGUAAACUCGUACAUGUGUAAUAGAAAAGUACAUACGCGUAUAAAUUAAGAAUUUCUCGUGUAGUAACUACACUACCUCGUUUCUAUUCGCCCUCGGUUUUAGUGCGAGCCCAGCUCAUUGUUAUAUUUGCUUAUUUUGCUCAUUUUGUUAUUUAUUAUUUUAGCUUUAUAAUUAGACAAAUUUAAAGCGCAGAGUAUUUUUGCGUUUUGUUUUAGAUAGAUUAUCGUAUAACGGAAUUCAAUUCAGCAUCCGUACCUACCGAAAACUAGUCACAUAUCGAUGCAGUUUUAGAAAAAUAUUGAACAAACACGAUCUGGGAAUAACUCGGUAUUGAAAUGGUAACUACAACUUAACGAAGCACCUCAAAACGAUCAAUAGUGAUAAAUAUAACACCGAUAUAAUCUUCAAAAUACAAUGUCAUAUUUCUCGAUACCUGGUUAUUCACAGAAACGAUAUUAUAAAUAAUAUUAAAAAAUAAAUGGAGGGAAUAAUAUUUUUUUACAGAAAUAUUAAUAAAAUGCUCAAAUGUUCUAUAUUUUACGUUGGUAAUUUUAUUAUCUUGUUCCUGUUAUUUAUUCUUUAUUGUAUAUCUGAAUGUGUACUAAUUUGUGAAUGUAAAUUAUGUUGUAUGAAUCGAUGUAAGAUAUUGUAUGUGCGUGUACUACGUGUUGUGAUAAUUGUAUGUUAUUGUUUCAGUAAUAAAGCUGAGUAUUGUAGUUGUAGCUACGAACGGAGCAAUCGUCCAUUGCUCAAUAUCUCACGUUACCUUAGACCUGCCUGCAAUUCUAAACUCAUUUCGUCGCUGCCAAACUGAGAACACAUUGUAAUAACUUUCGUGGUUGUGAACUUUCUUAUUAAACUUUUCGUCUUCCUAUAUAAGUACUUGACGUUUUCAUUCGAUUUCAAGGCAGUAUUCCUUUUAAAAGACAUAAUAUUAUAUUUAACACACGUACGUUUGAAAUUAAUUUGUUGUUGAGUCGUAACGAUUUUAGAUUAAUUGUGACAAAAGCGUUAAACGCUCUCAGUAUUAUGGAUUCGGGAAACGAAACGUAGAAUUUUGUUAAAUUAUCUAUAGUAGAAGUCUAAACGAGGCCGUUAAAGUGGAUUAGCUCAGUUAUCGCUGGGGAUAUACCUACGUUAUGUAUUUCAUUACCCGAAUGGGUGGGUAUAUAUACCUAUAAAUAUAUAAAUUACCUAACUUCUGCCAACGUACAACUCUGUCGUUAUAUAUUAAGUAGCUCUAUAAUGUACUUAUUUUAUAUUAAUAUUAAUUAUAAGAUGAAUUUGAAUAGCUAUGUUGCAAACUAACUUGAGUGAUUAUUUGGUUGUGUUGUAUCUUAACAAUAUAGACAAAUGUUCACAUAUUGUUACUAAUUUUAUCUUCCAAUCCCUUGUGCCAAACAAAUCUUAAUAAAUCUAGGUUGUCGUGUACAGAUAUAAAAUAUAGAUUUAUUUGUAACCAUUAUUUACCAUUAAAACCAGUGUAUUAAAAAGCCAAAUUAGUUUAGUUAAAUCGUUUUGAAUGUCCCGUCUUAAAUAUUAACUGCGGGUGAUAUAAGUUUAAGUACUGCAAAUGAAUAAAAUUUAAAAAUUUAAUUUUUGUAUUUACCUAAUUGAAUUAUUUACAGUCUGCGAAAUAUAAAUAUAUAUAGAAUCUGUAUAAAAAUUCGAAGUACUAGAUUAUUACUUUUAGAUUGAAUGAACUUUUUAUUGAUUACUUUUAGAUUGUUUUUGAACGAAAUUAAACAAAAUGAUGGGUAUGUAUUGUAAAUACAAUUUGAAAUCAUUAGUUUCAGAUAUAGCUCUUCUUCUACAAAAUUACACAUGAUAAUUAAGGUCAAGUCCCUCCAGAGAGAUUUCUUAGCUAUUAAGACUGAAGGCUACUACAAAAUUUCGCUUUCAUUAUUUUAGACUAUCGUAUGUCCCUCGUGUUACGCUUCUUCCUAUCGCAGUAGGUAUAUUAUCACAGAUAAGCUAAUCCCAUUCCAUGUGCCAAAACGUACUAGUCAGGGUGUAGCUUUAUAGAUCACGCUAUCACCUAAAGUCAUUAUCUAUAAUAAUAGCAAAAAUUAUUCUUUUAGAAUAUAAAAUCGCGACAUUUAGAUUUCAUUAGAAACUCUAAACGAAUAAAUAGUAGCGAAAAUGUUGAAAUAAGUAUUAAAUUAUUUAUAAGAUCAAUUGAUAAAUAGAGUGAACUAUCUUAUUUCAAUUUAAACAUAGAAGUGCCUUACAAUUUUAUUUUUGUACUAUUAUUAUUUUGUUUGUUUUAAUUAAAAAGAAUACGAAGCACUGUAAAAUUGCAUUUAUUACAUACUCUGCGGCCGCUCUGCUGGCUCAGAGUGAGUACUACAGACGUGAUCGGCCUUAGUUCUACUAAUACUUAUAUUGUCUACAAAAUAUACUGAUAUCUCUAAGUCUUGAAAUUUAUAUUAAGGAAAUAUUAAAAAUAUACACACAUCGACGACAAAAUAAGGAUACAAUAAAUACAUGUCAAUUUACUACGUUAACCACUGAAGUGAAAGUUUACCUUUAUUAAAUGUAAAAUUAAAUAAUUUUAGGAAACAAAAACCAAGUUUAAGUUUAUUCUAAUAUUAAAUUCUUCCAUCGUUUACCACUGUUCUAUCUAAAAUCUAUUUCCCCGCUUAGUAACCUUAUUCGUUGCUCUUGUAGCAAAUGUGUGUAAUUGUAUAUAUUUAUGUAUUUUAUAUAUUUGUGUCAUAAUGUACUCAUUCAUAAUACCUAAUAUUGCUAUAUAUUGUAAUGAUAUUUUGUAAUUUAAGUGAAUUAUAUUCUUCUAAUUUUGUAUCGAAAAUUUGUACGAAGGAAUAUCCUUCAAUGCCAUAGAGUGUUACCACUUCAUAAACUUACAAAUUUAACACCAUCGAAAGCAUUUAAAUAAUGAAUAAUAUUUCGCUUCCUGUGUGGAACGCAUCCGGGGAAUUGCAUUCACCGGCACGUUUAUUUACGUGGUAGCACUGUAUCAAAAUAAUACGUACUUAAUACGUUUAGUGUAAUAGUAGAAUGUACAUGAAACGUGCCAAAUGCACGAUAAUUUGAUAUUACACUCUGUGUUGUGAUUUUGAACGUUCUGUAAAUUACAAAUCUUUGAAAUACUAUGAAAAAUUGUAGGACCUUUUAGAUUAGCACAAUUCUUCGCGUAGACAUGUUAGGUCAUUUAAUAUAUGAGCAUUUAGAUUAAACAUUAUAGGUAAUGAUCGAAAGAUGUAAAUGUAUUAAUUAUAAAUUCUAGAUUCAUUGUUAUAUUGAAUGUGAUGAUUUGUAAUGAACAACGACUAAGCUCGAGUCCUGUCCCUCUCCCUCUGGGCGACUUCACAACUUCGCAUAUCCUUGAAACAAUAAGUAAUUAAAUAAAACUAUAACAUAUAUAUUGAUAAAUUUAUUAGGGUAACUAAUUUUUUAAGACAAUGACUAUUACGUGAUCUUUUAGAUUGUCUUUAUUAAUAAAUAUUUGGUGAAGGUUUUG